UUUGACAAGGGCAGGCUUAUGGCCUCCCAAAAUAACUCAGUCCCCCUCGCCCGACCUCCUCGGUUACCGCCACUUCUUUUUCCCGGUGCGCCAGGGAGUGGCCGGGGCACUCUGACUGUGUUCUUGGAGACGGGAGUUGGCAGACGAUCUCACAGUGGACUUCACAGAGGACCUGAAUACUCAAGGAUACAUUAAGGGAGGUUUAAGGCUUUGGUUAUGAGAGUGGGACCUGCAGCCUUGGCUGGGGGGAUUUUUGGGGUCUUGGGGACCCUGUGUUUCCUCCUGGCUUUUGGCACAGACUACUGGCUGGUAGCAAGCGACAACUGUGGACCGUAUGCAUGGCCCGCUCAAACCACGCAGACACAAGACAAAACUGCCAAUGGAACAGAGAUCCGUUUUGAAAAGGCGGCCGCCGUCUCGCCUCGGCCCCUCGCUCUGCACCACGAGGGCUUUUUCUGGCGCUGCGUGUUUCAGGUGGAGCCCGAGACGCACGCCGUCCUGGCCACUCUUCUCACAAACCAGCCAGAGUCCAAGGUCUGUGUCCAUGGUUACCUCUUCCCGCUGCCAGUUGCGCUUGGACAAGUUCCUCAUCCGAUUUAUGAUGCAACUGCAGUACUCCGGGGUUUCUGGACCGUGCUGAUGGUCUUUGGGCUGGUCUCGGCUCUGUCUGGAGGGUUCCUCUUGGUGUGCGGCGUUCCCUUCGUCAGCCAUAAGCUACACAGGCUGGGCGGGGCCUUCCUCAUCGCCGCUGCCUGCCUGUUCCUGUUCAUGAUUCUUCUCUACGUGCUGUGGAUGGAGGUGGUGGAUGUGAAGCCCUACAUUCUGCAGGAGAGAGGGGAGUCCUGCCCGGAUGCUGAGGUCUCGGUGCUUUACGGUCCGUCUUUCAUGGUGGCGGCAGCUGGCGUGCCCCUGGAGCUCAUCUCGGGGUUGGUUUUUAUGCUGGUGGGCCGUGCACUGCGUCUCAGCAAGUGAAAGAUGGGAACUGCCAUUUUUCCCCUUUUUUUCUCUUUUUUUUUCGAGUCAGCGGGAUGCUUGCAGGUCAUACAGUUUGUGUUGGAACCUCUUUACAUACAGUUGAGUAAAAAGAAAGCACAGCCUCCCUAAAGUUGAAGAAUUUAAGUAAGACAUACUCAGAAAACAAAAUCAGAAAACAGUCCCAAACUGGUUUGAAAACUAUUGAAAUGCAACCAUAGAUGAACAGCUAUAAACUUUAUGAGCUAUAGCUCUGUGCCAUUAUCAAUUAGAGGUAAAAAAACACAAAAAAAACUCAUCCAACACCCAACACCACAACAGGAAUUAACAGCUGGAGUAUUCCAGUCCAGUCAUCUGUACUUCAAAUGGCUCGCCUUGGUUCUAUUUUUUUAAGACAUUCUGUUGAUCAGCCCCUGCUGGCUGUGGGAUUGAUAACCCAGUUUAAGCAGAGCUUUAUCUGUAAGAAUUUGGAAUAUUUUAGUAUACAGAAGACCUCAUGGUUGACUGAAUGACUGCACAACAAGCCCAGUUUCUGUUGAUUAUAGUUUUCACCAAAUAUGGUGUUUUUUUUAUCCAGUUCUAAUCUAUUCCAAAAUUGUUCUAACAGUCUCGAAAUUUUGGUUAGAAACAAUCCUUAGACUAAUCCUAAUCCUGCCACGAUCUUUUUAAAGCAAAUCUGCUUUCUCCUUUCUCCUCGAACCCUUCUGUGGAAGCCACACGUUUUCAGUCCUCUUCUCAUUCUACUGUCAUGACCUUUAAAAUCUAAAAUGCUAACUGAGACCUGUCAAGCAUUGGGAUUAAGCCAGAGAGCGAAAAGGAGGCAGUGGUUACUUCUUUAAGACAAUCAUUAGUAUCUUUCCUCCUUGGCGUUGUGUCGCCACUGACAAAACCCCCGCUGUCAUAGAGGUACCUGAUCAACCUGUACCUGGUCUCUAAACCCUUGAACACUGUUUAGUUUUCAAGACCUGAUAAUGCCUUAUUAGAAUAAUUUUCAAUCAGUUUCAAUGUGUGUCGCCAGAGAAUUUACAGAAGAAUUUUGAUAGAUCCUCGUUCACGUGAAUGCGCCCACAUGAAAUGGACGCCAGUAUUGUGCAGUCACUUAUUUUUCUUGUACUGUUCAUUUUCCAGGACAAAAUUAACAUACGGCAUGCAUAUUCAAUUGAGGGGGGGGGGGUAUCCUAGGUGAUUUGACAUCAUACAUGCAGGAAAAGCGAAAGCACGCAGCUUGAUUGUUACCAACGUGACCAGGUCAGUUAACCUCCUGUUAGGGAUCAUGAUUGACUGCAGCUUGUCGCUCUGCCAACAUUAAUAGGGUGUGUUAGGCAGCGCUGUUUUUAUUGACCAAUCCACAGCUCAAUGAGAGUCCACAGGGCGCAGUAGAUCUGUGACGGAGGAUAAUCGAUUUACAAGGACUGGAAAUGUCAAAACAGAAGUACACAAGUGAAAGUUAUUAGGAGGUGUACAAACUUUAAGGAGAAACACUAUAACAACCGUGUCACUGUUUGCAGACCCUAAACAUUGUCAUGGAAAGGGAAAGCUCCUGUUUAAAUGGUUCACAAUUUUAAGCUUCCUGACAUUUGCCGUGGACCACGUUGGACAAAGAAAGGGCUCUUUUUUACAGUGAGAUGAUACAAAGAUUAAGGUUUGUCGGACGUAAUAAAUGGAAAGUCAAAAUAAUCAGCCAGACAGAUCUAAUUUGAACAAGACAGACAAAAGUACGCUUACUAUGUGGUGUCCUUUUGUUUUUCUUUCCAUUUCACGGCCAGUGUGUGUAAGCUUUAGAAAAUGCUGGCUGGAGGGACAAGAUCAAUGUUACAUUUUUAACCGCUUGCUAUAUCUAAUUUAUUUUUAAAAUCCCUCAGUGUUUAGAUAUGAGAGCAUCCCAACAAACCAUAGCUGUUUCUUUUUUAUUACACUGCAAAUGAAGUCCAUAGAGUAGAAAGUGAGAAGUCCUGUCCUGAUUUUAGAGUAGAAUCAAAGUGGUGGGGCUGCAGCAGAGGUGGGAAGCAGGAGUGGCUGGACGGGCUGCAAACAAAAAGGGUCAGCUGGGACGGGGGGCUGUGGGUG